UGCCACUCAACCUCCACUUUUGCUCAGCAACAACCAACUCCGCCCAUUUCAUCUAUCUCCUCCUCCGUCAGCAUCGAUCAUGGGACGCGAUCCAGGCGGCACGAAGGCCAUGGCCAACGCUAUGAAAGCAAAGGGCCUUGGACGUCUUCGUUGGUACUGCCAGCCAUGUGAGAAGCAGAUGCGAGACGAAAAUGGCUUCCAAGCGCAUUGUCGCUCUGAGCCGCAUCUCCGCAAGCUCAUGGCUAUUGGACCUACCGCUGGCGCGACCAUCGCCGAGUUCUCGAGGCAGUUCCAGUACGAUUUUGUGUCGCUCCUUAAGUCGCGUCACAACACGCAGCGUGUGCGCGCCAACGCCGUGUACAAUGAGUUCAUCCAGGACAAGAAUCACGUCCACAUGAACGCGACCCGCUGGGUUACGCUGAAUGGCUUCAUUAUGACGCUCAGCAAGGCCGGUAUUGUGCGCGUGGACGAGGACGAGCGCGGUCACCUCUGGAUUCAGUGGGUCGACAACCGACCAGAGACGUUGGCGAAGCAGGCGGCACAGCAGAAGAAAGAGCGGUCAACAAUGGACGGUGAGGAUCGUGAACGCAAGAUGAUUGAGGAUCAAAUCGCCCGCGCCCGCGCCAUCGCCGAGCAGGAGGAGGUGGAGAAGAAGGGUCUGGAGCGGAAGGAAGGCGAGAAGAUCUCGUUGAGCCUGUUCCCCAAGCCUGAGGCCGCGGAGGAGAAGAAAGAAGAGGCAUCAUCAGACUCGUCGACGACACCAGCACCAACAGUAGAGAAGAAGCCGACGAGCUUCGGGUCCUUCGGUAAAAUGCCUGCGGCGAACCCCCUCAAGCCCGCCAAUCCGCUCAAGCGCCCAGCCGCUGGCAACGUCUUCAAGGCGGCCAAAGUCGCCAAGACGGAUGACAAGGAUGACGCCAAACCCAAGGGCUUCAUGUCCGAGGCGGAGCGGCUAAUGAAGGAGGAUCUGGCACGGAAGACGAAAGGGUACGCGGGAGCGGGGCCACGGCGCGGUGAUGCGCGAAGGUAGCCGUCGUCGCCGUGGAAGACAAUGUUGUACAUCAUGCAUGGCCUGUUCUGUC